AUAUGGAAGGAGCCACACUCAAGAAAGAGACUAUUGAAACCAAGCAUGAGGAGUUCAUCCACGAUGUUGCCUUUGAUUUCUAUGGGGACAGAGUUGCCACUUGCUCUUCUGACUUCUCCAUCUGCAUAUUUGGAAGCUCUGAUGGGGGUGAUAAGACUAAACUUAGUGGGCAUAUCAAGUCUCAUGAAGGACCUGUCUGGAGAAUCAGAUGGGCAGACCCGAUUUUUGGACCACUAUUAGUAACUUGAUCAGCAGACAAAACCAUAAAAUUCUUCUCAGAGGAAACAAAUAUCCCAGGAGUUGAUAGUAGAUGGAAUGUUGAGCACACAUUUACUCAACUUAAAGAAUGAUCAGAUAUUAAAUUUGCACCUAAACGAUUCGGAUUCAAACUCGCUGCUGUACAAAGAGAUGCUCCAGGCCAAUUGAUCGUGUUUGCACCAGGAAGUAGGACUAAUCUAGAUACGUGAAGCAUCAAAGCUCAAAUUAAGGUUAGUGAUUUUGGAUCAAACUGACUUGAUUGGGAACCUGAAGGCAUAGAUAAUGGAGAAAUGAUUGUUGUUGGUUCAAAUACUGAGACUGAUGAACAACUAGGUAGAAAACCUCUCCCUAUCAAUGAAAAUGAGAAGACAGAAGAAGUUACUGGUGAGGAGCUUCGUAUUUUUGGAAUUUCAGGAGCAAAGAUAACUCCCAUUAUUAACCUACACUCCUCGAAGGGUCACAAUGGAUCUAUCAAAGAUGUUGCAUGGGCUCCUCAAAAUGGAAAGACAUAUCACACAAUUGCAUCUUGAGCUGAUGACUCCAAAGUAAUCAUCUGGAGGUUUGACACAGGCAAUGAUGAAGGCAACUUUGGAUCUAAAUAAAAGCAAAAAUGAGUGCAAAUUCUCAAUUUCAAAAAUAGUAGACUUCGAAUCAGAUGAGAUUUGGAGAAUAAAAUGGAACAUCACAGGAGUCAAGCUCAUAGGAAUCAGCAAUACAGCAGACGAGACUCUCAAAUCAAUCGUGUAGAAAGGUAAAGAUAGUUUAAAUACUCGCAAGUCAGUAACAAGGUUGU